CUUGAGGGAAGCGUGGCAGGGGCCUGGUGCUCGGAGACAGCCCUCCCAGCUGAUUAAGGCUCUCUCUACGCGGUAGACACUGUGUAGACCUAGAGGAGCUUUGAGGGUCUUUGUGUGUGCACCCUUCAGAGUGGGUUUGGCCAGGUGCAUUGUGGGUGGAGAAAAGCCCAUGAAGACAAAGGUGAUGAAGGACCCACCCAAACCCAGAGAGGCGGGAGGGGGCAAGGAGGGUGCGGAAGGGGGCGGGGACCUUUCUGGGAGAGAGGCGGAGCUUCACGGGACCUGUGACAGGCUGGAGGCGGGGAAAGGCCCCCCAAGCCCCGCCCCUCAGGUGACUGCAGGAGGCUCAGGGAAGCAGAGUGAGCAGGGUGAUGAAGCGGGGUCCAGCGGGAUCGAGGUGGCAGAAAGAGACGUCCCUCAUGCCUCAGACACGGGCAGCGGCCAGGGAGAGGUCACGACCCCACCCAGGACUAGCGGCUCACCUGCAGACCCCUCUUUGGUGGGGCGCGUAGCCGAAACCCUCCCCCAGCCUGCCCCAGCACAGGCCCGAUAUCCCAGCAGGGCGGAGUCAGAGACGGGGAUUGGCAGAAACCAGAGCUCUCCACCACCUAGCACACCUCAACGAGCGAGGAAAACCAUGGCACGACCGGCCGCCGGGCAGAGGACACUGCAGGUAACAGCACCACAGAAGCCUCUCAUCACAGAACAGAGGGAAACGAAAGGUGAGAGGGAGGGGGAUGGGAGCAGGCCGGGACCGACGCCCCCCUCCCAAACACAGCCAUCUCAGAGCCCCUCCCCCGCCGCCCCCGCCACCCUCUCCAGGUCACAGACAGCCACCAGGAAGAAGAAGAGGAAGAUGGGGAUGUAUAGCCUCGUCCCUCGCAAGAGAAGCAAGGUGCCGAAACAGCGCUCCCUGCUGGACAUGUUUAAGAACCUCAGCCAGCCUGCCACCAUGGCACAGGAGGAAAGCCACCAGGUGAAUGGAGAACAGCUGCAGAACGAAUGUGAAGGGGCUGGAGAGGAUCCAGAGAAAGAGGGAGAACGUCCCGGGACAGGGAGCGAAACGGGGGACACUGCACCCCGAGAAGGCAGCGGGACAGCGGACCCCACCCCCCAGGGGCAGCUGAGGGAGGAGCAGGGUCCCGAGGAGGAGGAGUCUGGUGAGGAAGAGGAAGACGAAGAGGAAGGACACAGCUCAGAUCUGAGCUCAGAGUCUGGCCUGAAGAAACAGUCGCAAAAGAAGGGACAGAGUGACAUCCCUGAGGACGGACCCUCCAGGAAACACAAACGCAAAACAAAAUCAGAGACAGAGGGGCUCUCAGCUGUGUCUCUCUCUCUAGGCAGUGAGACUCCAUCCCAGGCAGACAGUAGUAAUCAAUACACAGAGCUGCCCCUGGCCUCUCUGGAUCUGAAAGCCCAGGAGGAGCUGUUUUCAGCCCAGCACUCAGGGGUGUCUGGGGGAGGAGGGGCCUCAGAGGCUGACGCCUUGCUGGACCCGCCCCUCUGCAGCUGCCGCAUGGAGACGCCCAAAAUCCGCGAGAUCCUCACACUGGCCAAUAGGAAGUGCAUGGCCACCGAGAGCAUGGACGGGCAGCUGACCCGCUGUCAGAACGGUGUGGUGAAACAGGAAAUGAUGCGUCCCUCCAGCGCGGUUCCUCUGCUGGUUCUGUGUGAGGUCCACCGGGCCGGCAUGGUCCAGCACCAGUGCUGCCCGGGCUGCGGGUUCUUCUGCCAGGCGGGGACCUUCAUGGAGUGCCAGCCAGACAGCAGCAUCUCUCACCGUUUCCAUGACGCCUGUGCCUCGGUGAUGAGGGGGCAGAAUUUCUGCCCGCACUGCGGGGAGGAUGCCAGCAAGGCCAGAGAGGUGACCGUCGCUAAGGCCGACACCACCUCCAGCGUGCCCCACCCACCGGCCCCCGCCCUGGGGACCGCCCCUGCGAGCGAGGGCAAGGCCGACACCACCACCGGGGGGUACGACCACACACCAGCGGGGAAGGGGUGUGGGGGCAGUGGGGGAUCACCUCACCUGCGGCAGCUCGGGCAGCACAGGACUGGGGGCCCCUCACUGAGACCCCUCGAAACGUCAGGCCUGUCUCUGUCCCCCUGCGGGUCCCAGAUGGGGGCUCUGACUGUGGGGAGUCCCUCUAAAGACUCUCUGGAGACCAUCCUGCUGGCCCUGGAUGCAGAGAAGCCGAAGAAGCUGAGGUUCCACCCAAAGCAGCUAUACCUCUCAGCCAGGCAGGGGGAGCUCCAGAAAGUUCUGCUGAUGCUGGUGGACGGGAUAGACCCGAACUUCAGGGUGGAGACCCAGAGACGGCGCACCCCACUGCACGUGGCAGCCACGGGCGGCCACAGGGAGGUCUGUCACAUACUCGUCCAGGCUGGUGCCAACCUGGACAUGUGUGACGAGGACCAGAGAACGCCCCUGAUGAACGCUUGUGAGAGCAACCACCUGGAGACAGUCAAGUACCUGCUCAGUGCAGGGGCCAUCACCACUCAAAGGGAUGUGGAUGGAUUUACCUGUUUGCACUUGGCUGCUAAACUUGGUCACAGUGACAUCGUGCAACUUCUCCUGUCCAAUGGGCUGUUAGAAGUCAACUGUCAGGAUGACGGCGGCUGGACACCUCUGAUCUGGGCGACUGAGUACAAGCACAUAGACCUGGUCAAGAUGCUGCUGUCCAGAGGGGCAGACGUCAACAUCAGAGACAAGGAGGAGAACGUGGGCCUGCACUGGGCGGUUUUCUCAGGCAGUGUGGAGGUCGCUCAGAUCCUUCUGGAAGCCCGCUCCGACCUCCAGGCCGUCAACGUCCACGGCGACUCCCCCUUGCACGUCGCCGCCCGCGAGCACCGCCUCGACUGCGUGACACUCCUCCUCUCGCGGGGUGCAGACGUGAACCUGGGGAACCGAGAAGGGGAGACGCCCCUCGAGUGCUGCGGCCACGGCUCCAAGGUGUGGGUCGCUCUGCUGGCCAAUAAGAAGCUGAGGGAGGCGGGGGGUAACCACGCCAACCUGGUGGAGAAGAUCCUCAACAGGGAUAUUUCGCAGGGAUACGAGAAGACCCCCAUCUCAUGUGUGAAUGGGGUCGACAGCGAACCCUGUCCUGACAACUACAAAUAUGUUCCCCGAAACUGCCUCACCUGCCCUGUGAACAUAGACCGGAACAUCACCCACUUACAGUACUGCACGUGCAAGGAUGACUGUGCCUCCACCAGCUGCAUGUGUGGCCAGCUGAGCCUGCGUUGUUGGUACGACAAGGACGGCCGUCUGCUUCGGGAGUUCUGCUGGGAGGACCCGCCCCUGCUCUUCGAGUGCAACCACGCCUGCUCGUGCUGGCGGACCUGCCGGAACCGCGUGGUGCAGAACGGGCCGAGGGUUCGGCUGCAGGUGUUUCGGACCCGGAACAUGGGUUGGGGAGUGCGGACCCUUCAGAACAUUCCACAGGGGACCUUUGUAUGCGAAUACGUGGGGGAGAUCAUUUCAGACGCAGACGCUGACAUCAGAGAGAACGACUCCUACCUGUUCAACCUGGACAAUAAGGUGGGAGACGUGUACUGCAUCGAUGCCCGUUUCUACGGCAACAUCAGCAGGUUUAUUAACCACAUGUGCAAGCCCAACCUGCUACCUGUGCAGGUGUUCACCUCCCACCAGGACCUGCGCUUCCCACAUGUCGCCUUCUUCGCCUGCAGGAACAUCAGCGCCGGGGACGAACUCGGGUUCGACUAUGGCGAUCACUUCUGGGAAAUCAAAAGCAAGCAUUUCAGCUGCCGCUGCGGCUCACCAAAGUGCAGGCACACGGAAGCCGCCAUCGCUCAGAGACAGGCAGACAGCACACCUGAGGGACAGCAAAGAGCCCUGCCUGACACCAGCUCCUCCGUCACCCCCUCCAAGCCCUGCUGAGGACACCCCCACCCCCACCCCAACACAGCCAGGAUCAGUCACAUCAACCUGAUCAAGCAGAAACGCUAGGAUCACCUAGCAGAGCCAGGAAUAGACAGCAGAACCCGGAUCAGCUAAGAGAGCUAGGAUUAGGCAACAGAACCAGCAUCAGUCAUUAGAAUGCAGAUCAGCCAGCAGAGCCAGGAACAGCCAGAAGGGCCAGGAACAGCUAGAAAAACCAGGAACAGCCAACACAACCAGGGUCAGCCACUAGAAUCCUGAUCAGACAGCAAUGCCAUGAUCAGCUAGCAGAGCCAUGAUCAGUCAGUAGAAUAUUGAUAAGGCAGCAGAGCCAGGAUCAGCUGGCAGAGCCAUGAUCAGUAACUAGAGUGUUCUAGGCCAGACCAGCACCAUUCCUCCAGCUCCAGCCUCCAGCCUGCUACCUGUGGCAGCCAUGUUGCAUGCUCAUCGCUAAGAAACAAAUGACAGACAGCUCAUUGAUGGACAGAUUCAGAAAGACAUGCUUUGUGAGAGAUGCACUUUCUUAACCACGAUGUAUUUGACAGGAAAAAAAACACCUUUUUGCCUGGAAAAAAAUCUGAACCUGCACUGGUUAAAAG